GAGUACGAGUGACGUCAUCGACAUGCCCAAACUUCCUGAAUACGAUUUCGAAAAGAAUUCUUUACAUCUAAUCAUAUUACAGUCAAAAUGGAGCGUGUUAGACGUAAAAUCGCUGAAAUUAACGAAGAGAGUGAUACAUGGAAAAUAAUCAAGCAAGAGGAUUUGAACAACUAUGGUCUUAAAGAUAUUACCCUGAGGCCUUAUCAAAUUGAAGGCAUUAACUGGUUGUGCCAAAGAUUUAAACGGAAACAUGGAUGUAUCCUUGGAGAUGAGAUGGGACUUGGGAAAACUUGCCAGACAAUAUCAUUCCUGGUAUACUUGCAUGGCAGGAAGAAAUGCUCAUCUCCUCAUAUUGUUCUCUGUCCUCUCUCAGUCAUCAAUAACUGGCAGACUGAAAUCGCAAGAUUUGCCCCUUGCCUGCGACUACAAUCCUACCUUGGGGACAAGGAUUCCAGACAAGACCUUAGGCAUGAAAUCAAGAAAAGAAAAAGAGAAACCGGAGAGAUGCCCUUUGAUGUCAUUCUGACAACUUACGAGAUUUUGCUAAAGGACGAGGGUUUCUUUGCCAGCUGGAACUGGGGUUGCCUUGUUGUAGAUGAAGCUCAUCGACUGAAGAACCCUCAAUCUCAACUGCAUCAAGCACUCAAAGAGAUUGAUAUCAGCCACAGAAUUCUGCUGACUGGUACUCCUGUUCAAAACAACCUCACUGAGCUCUACUCUCUUCUAUCAUUUGUGUCACCCAGUAUAUUCAAGCUGAAGUAUUCUGAGGAAUUUGUGGAAACAUUUUCAGACUCAAAUAAAAAGACCAUUACCCAUCUACAUGACCUACUGAAACCAUUCCUGUUACGCCGUAUCAAGUCGGAGGUUGUAAAGGACCUGGCUGAAAAAACUGAGAUAGUACUCUACCAUGGUAUGUCUGCGGUACAGAAGAAAUGUUACAAGGCCAUCCUAACCAAAGACCUAGAUGUAUUUGAUAGUGGCAAUCCAUACAACCAGAGGAAAACUAGUUUAAAUAAUAUACUGGUGCAGCUAAGGAAGUGUGUUGACCACCCUUACCUCUUUGAUGGUAUUGAACCAGAGCCUUUUGAACUGGGAGAGCAUCUAGUUGAAGCGAGUGGCAAACUUGUACUGGUUGAUCAACUGCUUGCCCAUUUGAAGCCUCUUGGACACAAAGUCCUCAUAUUCUCACAGAUGACACGCAUGUUGGACAUCAUUCAAGAUUACCUUGGUUACAGAGACUACACGUAUGAGAGGCUUGAUGGGUCAGUAAGAGGAGAGGAGAGGUUUUUAGCCGUUAGGAACUUUAACGAGAAGGAUGAUACAUUUGUCUUCCUACUAAGCACUAAAGCUGGUGGUGUAGGAUUGAACCUUGUUGCAGCCGACACUGUUAUAUUUGUGGAUAGUGACUUUAACCCCCAAAAUGACCUACAGGCCGCUGCUAGAGCACACAGGAUAGGACAAACUAGGCCAGUGAAGAUUAUCAGGCUAAUAGGGCGCAGUACUGUUGAAGAGAUUAUACUAAAGAGAGCCGAAGAAAAAUUUAAAUUAACAAACAGCGUCAUUGAAGGUGGCCAGUUUUCACUAGGGACUAAUAAAGAUGCCCUUAUUACUGAUGAAAAAGUUCAGCUGCAGGAUAUUCUCAAGUUUGGAGUUGACAAACUAUUCGAGAGUGACGAAGGGACAUGCGAGGAUGUUGACUUCCAUGCUAUCCUAGGCCCUACUGUCAAUGGGGAGUGGCAGCCAGUAGAAGAGGAAAAUAAAGAAAAACAAGAUCCAGAGAAAGAAGUGAUUCCUGCUGAAAAAGCAAAGGAAGAAUCUUCAACUGAAAGUACUGGAGCUGAGAAUAUGUAUGUGUUUGAAGGGAAAGAUUACUCAAAGGAGCCAUCGACUGCUGACAGAAAGGCAUUUGAUGAAAUAAUAGCAGCUGAAAGAUUGAUACUGGGAGUGGCAGGUGCCACAGACUCUGGGGAAGGUGGUAGGGUAUCUAGGCGUAAAGGGACAUCUACCCUAGUACCAAUAUUACCAGAUCUACCCAAGAAACAGGGCAAGAAAUUGUCCCCUGAAGAGCUUGAGGCUAGGAGAAAACGGAGGGCUGAGCUGGCAGCUCAGAGGGCUAAAGAGCAGGAAGAGGAGGAAGUCAGGAAGGCUCAGGAGAAAAGAAAACGAAGGGCUGAGAUGUGGGCAGCCAAUGAUUACACAUCAUGCAACCUCACAUGUGCUGAUGAUGAUGAUGAUGAGGAUGUUACCAUGACAAUCGAUGAUGGUGAUGAUAAUACAGAGAGACGGGACAUUUGCUAUAUAUCUGGUGAUGUCACACAUCCAGAGAAGACAGGGAAGAAAGAUGCAAUUAUUGUACAUUGUGUAGACGACAGCGGACGAUGGGGACAUGGUGGUGUAUUCACUGCCCUAGAUACAAGGUCAACUCAACCUAGUGAACAGUACCAACUGGCUGGGAAAAUGAAAGAUCUUGCUUUAGGAGAUGUCCACCUUGUAAGUGUGGACGAUGUUCAAUGCAGAGCUGAGGGAAAGGAUUAUUGUGCCUUAGUUGUGGCUCAACACAGAGAUAGGAGUAACAAUUUAUCAGGUAUCAAACUGUCGGCACUACUUACAGCCUUGAAACACAUAUAUAAAUGUGCAAAAGAAAAGAGUGCAAGUGUGCAUUUACCUCGUAUAGGCUACAACACUCGGGGGUUCAACUGGUAUGGCACAGAGCGACUCAUUAGAAAAUACUUAGCUUCAAAGGGAAUUCCAACUUAUAUCUACUACUAUCCCAGGAGACGUCAUGCGAAGAGGCGGAGAAGCACAGUGGACAGUGAUGAUUCAGGACCCAAACCAUCUACAUCUAAAGAAAGAAGAACCUCUGUGGAUUCAGAUAGAUCAAGCACAAAAUGUAACAGUCGUACAUCCACUCCUACCUUACCCAGCUUCCUGCAUGGAAUCCAGGUGUAUUUCCACAAUAUAGAAGAUACUCAGGUGAAGAAGUUUAGUCGCUACGUUCUCGCUUGUGAUGGUGAUGUUAACAAGACAGUGGGUGAAGGUACAACUCAUGUGAUCACAAACACUGAUGAAGAGAAAUAUACUCAGGAUAUAUCAAAUUUCCAGCAGACUGAGUCGGAACACGCCAUAGAGUUUGUAAGUUUGCGAUGGCUGCAAGACUGUGUAGCAAAGAAAAAACUGUUGCCCUGUGAUAUGUAUGAAACAAAUUUUAAACAUGAAUAAACUGACUAGGAACUUAUUGCAAAUAAAAAUCUCGUGGAUGAUUUAGGUACUGACACGGGAGUUGCAAUGGACAUAAUCAACUCGCUGUUGCCCGUAGCAACUUGAACAACAUUAAGAUGGCAGUGCUGCUACCCUUCUAUCAAUCUAUUGGUCCAAAUCUUGGAUAUAAAGACACAAUUGGACACAAUAUCCCUGAUGUAUUAUUUAAACCAUUCUUAAUUUAUAGCAGACAUUUGAUUUUUUUAUAAAAAAAAGAGUAUUAAAAAUACAAAUAAUACAU